AGUGAUACCCAGUGAGGAGGAGGACUGAACUCCGCGCUGGGAGAAACCUCGGGUUGAAAGAGCCAGAGACCAAGGAUCCAAACGCGCCAUGCUCUUCGGUUGGGGCGACGGCUCCUACGGGCAGCUGGGCUCGGGCGAGGAAGAGGCUUCCCAGCCGGUUCCUCUCCGUUGCAAUCUGCCAGCGGUUGGCGGGCAAGAAGUGGCCCUGGUGGCUUGCGGGGAGCGGCACACGCUGCUGCUCCUGGCCGACGGGAGCCUGGCUUCUUGCGGAGACAACGCUCAGGGACAGCUGGGGAGGAAGCUCCCCGCGGGACGGCAGCGAUGCUACCUGGCAGAACCAAUCCAAGCCUUGGAAGCCCAGACUAUCAUCUAUGUAAGCUGUGGAAAGGAGCAUUCAUUGGCCAUCAGCAGCCAAGGGAUGGUAUUUUCAUGGGGAGCUGGUGGUUUUGGACAGCUUGGCACCGGGACGCUAAAGGACUCUUCGACUCCAAAGAAAAUAGAUUCUUUAUCUAGGUACAAUGUUAUACAAGUUGCUUGUGGACACUAUCACUCCAUAGCACUUACCAAAGAUGGCCGAAUUUUUUCCUGGGGACAGAACAGCCAUGGUCAGCUGGGUCUUGGUAAAAAAUUUCCAUCCCAGUCUCAACCGUGUAACAUUUCCUCUCUUGCUGGCAUCCCCUUGGCUCAGGUGGCUGCUGGUGGGGCACACAGCUUUGUCUUGUCUCAUUCUGGAGUAGCCUAUGGCUGGGGAAGGAACAAUGCACAUCAGUUGGGUUUAAACCAGAAAACUUCAAAAGAACAGAUCUUCAAACCUUACUCAGUAGGUGCCCUGAGAAACCUUGAAGUGACUUAUAUUAGCUGCGGAGAUGAACAUACAGCUGUUCUCACCAAGAGUGGCAGUGUUUUCACCUUUGGAGAUGACAGUGCUGGACAACUAGGACACAACUCUUCAAAGACUGGUCCUCAGAAAAUCGAUGAGAUUGAUGAUCGAGUUUCCCACAUUUCCUGUGGAAGUUAUCACACUCUUUGUGUCUCUGCGUCUGGGCAGUUGUGGUCUUUUGGACGAGGUCUCCUGCAGGAUACGGAAAGUUCGGCAUCGGAGAGCAGACAAGAAGAAAGAAAUUGUAUUGACCUCAAUGCUCUUCUUGCCCCUAAUGAAUUGUUGGGAAUCCAAAUUUUUGCUGGAGCAUAUGUCAACUUUGUCAAUACAUGUCAGGCUUCUGCAUGUACUAAUGCAGCCACCUCUUUGGAAGUCUUGCCUAGGAUCAGCCAGCUGGACAGAGGACUGAUUGAGAAAUGGAAGUCAGCAGAAAUAAGAAGUGAAGCACAGCAGAAUGCUCUAAGGGAGAUAAAAGAAAUUUUUUCCUCACCUCCUUGCUUAACAGCAAGCUUUUUACAAACAAGAUCUGAUGUGCCAAUGGACUGUUAUAUCCCAGUGAAUCUUCAAGAAGCAAGAAAAGUUUUGAAGGAACUUGCUACGACAGAUUGGAUUGCUCAGCAGAUCUGUUCUUCCCUAUCGGGCAACCUAUUUCCUGCUCUUCCAUGGAGUUCUCCUCACCAAGAAGCUUUUGCUAUUUUUCUUCUGAUACCUGAGUGCUGUGUUGUUCAGGGAGCACAUGAGAUGCCGUUACUAGUUUUACAGUUUGCUGAAGCUGUCACAGGUCUGAGCAAAGGCUCGUCCAAGAUUCUAGAAAAGUAUUGGUCCUUGUUGCCCGGUCCGUUUUUCGAGCAAAUAGUUCAAAUGUUGAAGACAUGUGUGUCAGCCAUGUUGCCUUGUUAUAACCAUUUCCCCAGAGACAAGACAUGGAUUGGUACCCUCGAAGUGCUUAAAAAGCUGUAUAAGGUCAACAUGAAGGCUGAAUGCCAACUGCAAACAAGUACUUUCUGCAUAGACGAAAUUGCUCAAAAAAUUAACUUAAUAGGAGAUUUACAGAGAUGGAAGUUACAGGAAAAUAUCCCAGAAGAAGAGAAGUUAAUCUGUUUAUGUCAUUUUCCUUUCGUCUACAACGUAGCAAUCAAGAGGGAAAUACUUUAUUACAUGUCCUGUGUUCUACAAGAGUAUUUAAAAAAUAAAGCUUAUUAUGAAUUGUGCGAUUCGAGGCUGAGAAAAAGUGACCUUCCAGAAUAUCCUAUCUUUACUCUGAAAGUACGACGCCACUUCCUCAUUGAAGACACCUGGCACAAGCUUAGUAUAACAGAAGACAUCUACCUGAAAAAGUACCUGCGGGUUCAAUUUGAAAAGGAAAUGGUUGGAUAUGGAGGUACAGGUUACCUGGUGGAAUUCUUUUCAGAAGUGUUUGAGAGGCUGGCACAGCCAGAAUAUGGGAUGUUUAUGUAUUGUGAACCGUGUUCCCCAAUGUGGUUUCCUACCAAGCCUUCUGUGGAAAAGAAUAAAUACUACCUUUUUGGUAUUCUCUGUGGACUCUCAAUAGCCAACCAAGUCACUGCCUACCUACCUUUCCCACUUGCUGUCUUUAAAAAGCUGCUUAACAAGAAGCCAACUCUCAAUGAUGUGAAAGAGCUAUGCCCUGUGAUAGGAAGGAAUUUGCAGAGAGUUCUCGAGUAUGAACAUGAUGAUAUGGAAGAUGCGUUUGGGCUAUGUUAUUGUAUUUCCUGGGACAGCAUGGAUGUAGACUUGAUUGAAAAUGGCAUUUUGACAGCUGUAAACCAGGCCAAUAAGAAAGACUAUGUUGACAAAUACGUCGAUUAUAUAUUCAACAAAUCAGUGGAUGAUGUUUUCAGUGAGUUCAGGAGAGGAUUUUACAAAGUCUUGGAUGAACAGAUAGUUGCCAUUUUUGAGCCUGAACAACUGAUGGAAGUGGCAAUUGGAAAUGCCAAUUAUGAUUGGGAUUUGUACGAAAAGAAUGCUGAGUAUUGCGGCAUAUACAGCUCAACGCACCCAACCAUAGAGAUGUUCUGGGAAGUUUUUCAUGAGCUGAGUUUGGAGGAUAAAAAACGUUUUCUAGUGUUUGUGGUCGGAAAUGACAGGAUCCCUGUGACAGGAAUGAAAUUUUGGAAGAUAAGAAUUUCUCCACAUGACUCAUCCUCAGAGGAUUGUAUCCCUGAGGCCAGGACCUGUGGGCAUCUUAUAUUGCUGCCAAUUUACUCAACAAAACAAAAACUGGAGGAGAAGCUUCUUCAAGCGAUCGACAACAAUCGUGGCUUUGGCAGAUUCGCGCCCGGAGUCUGAAACAGAAACUUGAAGAUGCCACCUUGGAAGCUGUAGCCUAUACAUACAUACAUACUUACAUACUUACAUACAUACAUACAUACAUACAUACAUAA